AUGGCUUCCCCGGCGCACUCUUCGCUUUUCGAGAAGCGGGAGGAGGAUAAGGAGGAACAAGCCCAGAAACAACUCGAGGCCGAGAAAAAGACUGACCGAGGCGACGAUGCCCACGCCGAAAACGCUUCCGAAUCGGACGAGACCAGCCGAGAAUACACACCGAAGAUUGAGAAAUCUGGCAAGCGCGAGCUCACGGAAGAUGACUGCUAUGACAAGUUGGGCUUCUGCUUUCCCACAUGGAGGAAGUGGAUGAUCCUCACGGUUAUUUUCGUGGUGCAGAUGUCCAUGAACUUCAACUCCGGUGUCUACUCCAAUGCUGUGACAGGUAUGACCGAGGAGUUUGGUAUCAGUGAGCAAGCUGCGCGUGUUGGCCAAGCUGUCUUCCUCAUUGCUUAUGCCUUUGGAUGUGAGCUUUGGGCUCCCUGGUCCGAGGAGUUUGGUCGCUGGCCCAUCAUGCAGCUCUCACUGUUCUUUGUGAAUAUCUGGCAAAUCCCCUGUGCGCUCGCACCAAACUUCGGCACGAUUGUCGUUUGCCGUAUCCUGGGCGGUCUUAGCUCGGCAGGUGGCUCGGUCACUCUGGGUAUGACUGCUGAUAUGUGGGAAGCCGAUGACCAGGGUUACGCUGUUGCCUACGUCGUGCUCUCGUCCGUGGGUGGAUCGACGAUCGGUCCAUUUUUCGGUGGUAUUAUCGGGCAAUACCUCUCAUGGCCCUGGAUCUUCUGGAUUCAGCUGAUCUUCGGUGGAGUCACUCAAGCUCUACACUUCUUCCUUGUCCCGGAGACACGAUCUACGAUUAUGGUCGAUAAUGAAGCGAAACGCCGCAGAAAGAGUGGCGAAGAAGAAGUCUACGGUCCUAAUGAGUUGAAGACUCCUCGUCUGGAUGCGAAGGAGGUCUUGAAAAUCUGGGCCCGACCUUUUGAGAUGUUCCUGCGCGAACCUAUCGUCCUGUUCCUGUCUCUCCUCUCCGGUUUCUCUGAUGCACUGAUCUUCGUCUUCACCGAGUCUUUUACACUGGUCUUCGAUCAAUGGAACAUGAGCACCCUCGCCAUCGGCAUGACCUUCGGCUCAAUUUUACUCGGAUACAUCAUCGCCUAUUUUAUGUUCCUACCAGAUGUGUACCGACAAAUCCAAACCCGUCGCAAGCAUGGUGCUGCGUCAAGAUACGCCGAGCGUCGACUUCUACUCCUCCUCUUCAUCGCUCCCCUCGAACCAAUCGGCCUUCUCGGCUUCGCUUGGACCUCAAUGGGUCCCCCAAUCCCGUGGAUCGCACCCUUGAUCUUCGCCUGCCUUAUCGCUAUGGCUAAUUACGCUAUCUACAUGGCGACAAUUGAUUACAUGGUUGCGGCAUACGGUCCGUACUCUGCCUCCGCUACUGGUGGCAACGGUUUCGCGAGAGACUUCCUCGCUGGUGUCGCUACUAUGUAUGCGACGCCUAUGUAUGAGAAUAUGGGAGGAAAAUAUCAUCUCCAGUGGGCUAGUACAUUACUUGGAUGUGUUGGUUUCUUGGUUUUGAUUCCUAUAUAUGUGUUCUAUUGGAAGGGUCCGGAGAUUCGGAAGAAGAGCAAGUUCGCUCAGGAGUUAGCUGCUGAUCGGGAGAAACAUGCGGAACGGCGAGCGAGUCGUGCCACUCCUGGGGCGACACCUGCGGCACACGACCAUCAAGCUGCCCAGGAAUAUUUCCCUUGA